UCGUUGUUUCCGGUCCGGGUGAAACUCCGUGACCUGCAGGAGCUGCCGGAUGUGAGUGAGCCGAGCAGGACAUGUUGGCGCUGCGGUGCAUCGUGGGAGAUCUGCGGGCGGCAGGGAGGCUGGCGCAGGGUCUCCGGAGAACGAGCUCAGGGGCCGGCGGUCCCCCCCGGCUGCUGUCCCAGGCCCAGACCCGGGGCCUCUCCCAGGGCCCGGGCCGCCCCGGCUCCCCGGGCGUGAAGCUGCGUACGCGGCUGCUGGUGUCGGUGCUGGUGGGCGGCGGGCUGCUGGCGGCCUGGGGGCUGGUGUACCAGGAAAAGCAGCGGCGGCGCCGGCAGCAGCGCGUGGAGCAGCUGCGGCAGGUGGCGCUGGGCCGGGGCGGCUUCAGCCUGCUGGACCACACCGGCCGGCGGCGCACCAAGCAGGACUUCCUGGGCUCCUGGGUGCUGCUGUACUUCGGCUUCACGCACUGCCCCGACAUCUGCCCCGACGAGCUGGACAAGCUGAGCGGCGCCGUGGCGGCGCUGGACCGGGACGCCGCGCUGCCGCCGGUGCAGCCCGUCUUCGUCACCGUGGACCCGGACCGGGACGACGUUGCGGCGCUGGCCCGCUACGUCCGGGACUUCCACCCGCGGCUGCUGGGGCUGACGGGCACAGCGGAGGAGGUGAAGGAGGCUGGCCGGGACUACCGGGUCUACGCCAGCGCCGGGCCCAAGGACGAGGACGGGGACUACAUCGUGGACCACACGGUUCUGAUCUACCUGGUCAGUCCGGACGGGCUUUUCCUGGACUACUACAACCGCAUGAAGGACCAGGACCAGAUCGUGGACAGUGUUCGGAACCACAUGAAGAACUACGAGGGACUCUGAGGCCGCGGUG